GCGCACGAGCGCGCACGACCUGACUGGGAUCCAGGAAGCUCGAAACUGUGACGGCUCUGGCUGUCAGGAAGUGCUCGGACACUUUCUUACUGUGCGUCGCUACUUGUUUGUGGAUCGCUCGCUGUGGUUCUGACCCGGUCUGUGAACAGAGUAAAACUGCUGCAAUUAGCCGUACGUGGCCCGACACCUGCGGGGCUGCAACGAACAAAGUGUCCGUAACUCCGCAGAGACCUGCAGCCACCGCCGGAAACUGCGGACCGGAGAAACGGAUUAUUGUGGAUCCGUAAUGGAUCGGACCCAGCGCAGUUAGCUCGUCCAGGAGGGAAACUGAUUUGAAAGAUGUCCGUGAACGAGCUGUUCACAAAGUUCACUCGGGUUUGGAUCCCGGACCCUGAUGAUGUGUGGAAGGCUGCAGAGAUCACACGAGACUACAAGGAAGGAGAGACGGUUCUUCACCUCAGACUGGAAGAUGAAACGUCUGUGGAGUACCCCAUCGGCCCAAAAGGCAAUCCCCUCCCGUUCCUCCGCAACCCUGACAUCCUGGUGGGGGAGAACGACCUCACUGCACUCAGUUACCUGCACGAACCCGCUGUGCUGCACAACCUCAAGGUCCGUUUCCUGGAGUCCAAUCACAUCUACACGUACUGCGGCAUCGUGCUCGUGGCCAUCAACCCGUACGAGCAGCUGCACAUCUAUGGAGAAGAAGUCAUCACCGCCUACAGCGGUCAGAACAUGGGAGAUAUGGACCCGCACAUCUUCGCUGUGGCCGAAGAAGCAUUCAAGCAGAUGUCCAGAGACGAGCGGAAUCAAUCCAUUAUUGUGAGUGGAGAAUCAGGAGCAGGGAAAACGGUUUCUGCCAAGUACGCCAUGCGGUACUUCGCCACGGUGGGCGGGUCCAGUAACGACACCAACGUAGAGGAGAAGGUGAUGGCGUCCAGCCCCAUCAUGGAGGCCAUUGGAAAUGCCAAAACCACUCGGAACGACAACAGCAGCCGCUUUGGGAAGUACAUUCAGAUCGGCUUCAGUAGAAACUACCACAUAAUUGGCGCCAACAUGAGGACGUAUCUGCUGGAGAAGUCUCGGGUCGUGUUUCAGGCUGAAGACGAGAGGAAUUAUCACAUCUUCUAUCAGCUUUGCGCCUCGUGCAGUUUGCCAGAGUUCAAAGACCUCAGUCUCUCCAGCGCAGAAGAUUUCACCUACACGUCCCUUGGAGAGAACAUCUUCAUCGAAGGCGUAAACGAUGCCGAAGAUUUCAGAAAGACCAGAGAGGCCUUCACACUGCUGGGCAUAAAGGACAGCAGUCAGAUCAACAUUUUCAAAGUCAUGGCCUCCAUCCUUCACCUGGGCAACGUGCAGAUCUGCAGCGAGAGGGACGGAGAGUCCUGUCACAUCCCGAAUGACGACCCCCACCUCAAACACUUCUGCAGGCUGCUGGGGGUGGAGCUGCAGCAGAUGGAGAACUGGCUGUGCAACAGAAAGCUGGCCACCGCCUCCGAGACCUACGUGAAGAAGAUGUCCAGCAAGGAGGCGGAGAACGCCCGCGACGCCCUCGCCAAGCACAUCUACGCCCGCAUGUUCCACUGGAUCGUGGAGCACAUUAACCUGUCGCUGCAGACGUCGUCCAAGCAGAACUCUUUCAUCGGAGUCCUGGACAUAUAUGGGUUCGAGACGUUCGAGAUCAACAGUUUUGAGCAGUUCUGCAUUAACUACGCCAACGAGAAGCUGCAGCAGCAGUUUAACUCUCAUGUGUUCAAGCUGGAGCAGGAGGAGUACAUGAAGGAGCAGAUCCCCUGGACUCUGAUAGACUUCUAUGAUAAUCAGCCCUGUAUUGACUUGAUUGAGGCCCGGCUCGGUAUCCUGGACCUGCUGGACGAGGAGUGUAAAGUGCCGAAGGGAACGGAUCAGAACUGGGCCCAGAAGCUCUACAUGCAGCACACCAGCAGCGCUCACUUUCAGAAGCCCCGUAUGUCCAACUCCUCCUUCAUCAUCAUCCACUUCGCUGACAAGGUGGAGUAUCAGUGUGAGGGAUUCCUGGAGAAGAACAGAGACACCGUGUACGAGGAGCAGAUCAACAUCCUGAAGGCCAGUCAGUUCCAGCUCAUAGCUGAUCUGUUCAGCGACAGAGAUGACACCCCCCCUUCCAAGAUAUCUAGAGUGAACGUCCGACCGGCUAAGGUCGUUCCCAAGAUUCCCAACAAAGAGCACAGGAAGACAGUGGGACACCAGUUCCGCAGCUCUCUGCAGCUCCUCAUGGAGACACUGAACGCUACGACUCCUCACUACGUCCGCUGCAUCAAACCAAAUGACUUCAAGGAGGCGUUCACGUUUGACUCGAAGCGAGCAGUGCAGCAGCUUAGAGCCUGCGGAGUCCUGGAGACGAUCCGGAUCAGCGCCGCUGGAUACCCGUCCAGGUGGACGUACCCAGACUUCUUCAGCAGGUACCGGGUGCUGAUGAAAAAAUCCGACAUAACAUCAGCAGACAAAAAGCUGGUUUGUAAAAACCUGCUGGAGACGCUGAUUAAAGAGCAGGACAUGUUCCAGUUUGGUAAAACCAAGAUCUUCUUCCGAGCGGGUCAGGUUGCGUAUCUGGAGAAGCUCCGCGCGGAUAAGUUCCGUGCGGCCUGCAUCAAGAUCCAGAAGACGGUUCGAGGUUGGUUGCAGAGAGUUCGAUACCGAAAGAUCUGUAAGUCAGCCAUCACUCUGCAGAGAUACGGCCGAGGAUACCUGGCCCGCAGAUAUGCAGAGUUCCUGCGUCUGUCUCGCGCUGCUCUCAUCUGCCAGAAGCAGUAUCGCAUGGUGGGAGAGCGACGGGCCUAUCUGAGACUGAGACGGGCUGUGGUCACCAUCCAGGCCUACACCAGGGGGAUGUUCACCCGUAGGAUUUACUGGGAGUUCCUGUUGCACCACAAGGCCAUAAUCAUCCAAAAGACUGUCCGCGGCUGGCUGCAGAGGAGGAGGUUUAGACGGGCACGUGAUGCCGCCGUCAUCAUCCAGUGUGCGUACCGGCGUAUGCACGCCAAGCGGCAGCUCAAGCAACUGAAGAUUGAAGCCCGGUCCGCUGAACACCUAAAGAAGCUCAACACGGGCAUGGAGAACAAGAUCGUCCAGCUGCAGAGGAAGAUGGACGAUCAGAAUAAGGAGUUCAAAAAUCAGAGCGAGCAGCUGCAGACAGUCAACUCCAGUCUGAACACAGAGCUGAGCAAGCUGCAGAAGGAGCUGCAGCAGCUCCGCAGCCAGCAAGAGGAUGGAGGACAGGUGACGUCGCUGCAGGACCAACUAGAGAAGCUGAGACAGAAGCUGCAGGAGGUGAAUGCAGAGAGGAAGAGGCUGGAGGAGGAGCACGGCGCAGAGAAGCUGGACCUGACGCAGAGGGUAGAGGAGCUGGAGAGAGAGAACUCACUGCUCAAGAGUGAAAAGGAAGAAAUGAACCGCAGGAUUCUGCAGCAGGUGAAGGGUGCCGACGAGGUCGACAGCAACGCCUCUCUGCAGAACGAGCUGGAUGCGGAGCGACAACGCUACCAGAACCUGCUCAACGAGUUUUCCCGACUUGAGCAGAGAUACGACAACCUGAAAGAAGAGAUGUCUCUGUCCAAGUUCCAACCUGGCCACCGGAGAAACCCGUCCAAUCAGAGCAGCCUGGAGUCGGACUCCAACUACCCGUCGGUGUCCACCUCUGAGGUCGGAGACACUGAGGACUCCAUUCAGCUGGUGGAGGAGAUGGGAGUGGAGAAGGCUGCCAUGGACAUCAGUGUGUUCAUGAAGCUACAGAAACGAGUCCGAGAGCUGGAGCAGGAGAGGAAGAGGCUGCAGAGCAACGUGGACAAGAUGGAGGAGCUUUCCAAGCGCAGGGGUUCUGAGGCCAGAAGCCCCAUGUCCGAGCAGGAGACGGCCGAUCUAGCCUACGACAACCUGAAGAGACAGGAGCUGGAGUCGGAAAACAAGAAGCUGAAGAAUGACUUGAAUGAGCUGAGGAGAAGCAUGUCUGAGCGGGCGUCUCACAGCGACCCGCAGGGUGAGCAGGACGCCUACAACCUGCUGCUGAGUCAGCUCAAAGCAGCCAGCGAGGAGCUGGAUGCCCGCAAGGAGGAGGUCCUGAUUCUGAAGAGUCAGAUAGUCAGCAACGCAGAGCUGCAGGAGAAGAACGGGCACAUACUGAGUAAUAAAGUUCCAGAGCUGAACAACGACAGUGAGCCGGUGGAUAAAGAUGAGGCUCUUAAGGCGUAUCACGGUCUGUACGAUUCCAAAAGUAGCCAGCAGGACUGGUGCUGUCUGAAUGAAGAUGGGGAGCUGGGCCUUGCCUACCAGGGCCUCAAAGAAGUGGCCAGGCUGUUGGAGGCCCAGUUGCAGACUCAGGCUCGGCAGCAUAAAGAUGAGCUGGAGGCUCUUCAUACUCAGAUCGAGCUGCUGAAAGAUGACAUUGAGAAGAAGCAGGAGAUCCUAAACUACACCAUGUCUCUGUCGCCUGAGGCCCAGGUGGAGUUCAGCGUCCAGCAGGAGAUCACACGGCUCACCAACGAAAACCUGGACCUCAAGGAGCUGAUGGAGAAAUUGGAGAAGAAUGAGAGGAAGCUAAAGAAGCAACUGAGGAUCUACAUGAAGAAGGUCCAGGAGUUGGAAGCUGCUCAGGUGGCUUCUCCCACCCCCCGGGCCAAGCCUGAGCUGAUCCGACAGGUCACUGUCCAGAGGAAGGAGAAGGACUUUGAGGGGAUGCUGGAGUACGCCAAGGAGGACGAAGCCCUGCUGGUGAAGAGUCUGAUCACAGACAUCAGACCCAACACGGUGUCGUCCACUGUCCCCUGUUUGCCUGCGUACGUCCUCUUCAUGUGCAUCCGGCAUGCCGACUACAUCAACGACGACCAGAAGGUGGAGUCUCUGCUCACCUCCACCAUCAAUGCCAUCAAGAAGGUCCUCAAGAAAAACAGCGAUGACUUCGAGACGACGUCAUUCUGGUUGGCAAACACCAGCCGUCUGCUCCACUGUUUGAAGCAGUACAGCGGAGAUGAGGCCUUCAUGACUCAGAACACAGCCAAGCAGAACGAGCACUGUCUGAAGAACUUUGACCUGGCCGAGUACAGGCAGGUGCUGAGCGACCUGUCCAUCCAGAUCUACCAGCAGCUCAUCAGAGUGGCUGAAGGCAUCAUCCAGCCCAUGAUCGUGUCAGCUAUGUUGGAGAGCGAGAGCAUCCCUAGCCUGGCGGCGGUGAAGCCCAUGGGCUACAGGAACCGCUCGUCCAGCAUGGACGGUGACGGGCCCAGCUUCUACACUCUGGAGGCCCUGAUCCGACAGCUGGGGCAGUUUCACUGCAUCAUGCGGGACCACGGUCUGGAUCCAGAGAUCGUGGGUCAGGUGGUCCGACAGCUCUUCCACUGCAUCAACGCCGUCACCCUCAACAACCUGCUGCUGCGUAAAGACAUCUGCUCCUGGAGCACAGGCAUGCAGCUCAGGUACAACACCAGUCAGAUGGAGGAGUGGCUCAGAGCAAACAACCUGUUCCAGAGCAAAGCUGCAGCCAUUCUGGAUCCAAUCAUCCAGGCCGCUCAGCUGCUGCAGGUCAAGAAGAAGACGUCUCAGGACGCUGAAGCCAUCUGCUCGCUGUGCACCGCCCUCACCACACAACAGAUCGUGAAAAUCCUGAACCUCUACACGCCUCUGAACGAGUUUGAAGAACGAGUCACUGUGUCAUUCAUCAGGAACAUCCAGAACCAUCUUCAGGAGAGAAAUGACCCUCCACAGCUGCUGGUGGAUACCAAGCACAUCUUCCCCGUCCUCUUCCCGUUCACACCAUCGGCUCUCGGCCUGGAAACGCUGCACAUCCCAGCAUCGCUCAGCCUCCACUUUCUCACCAGAGUCUGACAUCUCUGAAGGGCCCAGAGCCGAGCCUGCAGUGACAUGUCCAGGUUCGGGCAGAAUGUCGCAGAUGAAGAUCACUAUGUGUGCCUCUAAUUUCUGGGAAGCCAGCAGCCCAGACAGGAUCAGACCCAGCCUGGGUUCUACCAGGACUCGAGUCCUGCAUAACUGGUCGCAUUAUUUUUCAGUGAAGUAAACAAUGAGAGACAAGAGGAACAGGACAUGACCUGGAGGAUGAGGAAGGGUCAGAGGUCAAGAGAGAGAAACUAGAUUCAGUGGUGGUGAUAAAUGUGUGAUCAGAAAGCUUCUUAUCAUUUUCCUCUUAAAUAAUGUGGUUGUUUACAGGUGGGUGAUCAGCUGAUGCAUCACUACCAUUCAAACAGAUUGGGUCAGAUUACGUAAUUAGUCUGUUUUAAUUUCUUCAAUUGUCAACAAAAAGCUUUUAAAAAAUCAUCAGUUUAAGGUUCACAUUGAGGCUGUUUGACUUUCAGCACAAAGCUUAGUUGUUUUGACCAAUUAGCGACAGGUCUGGUCAGCUGGUGGUCAGAGGUCAGACUCAAGACCAGAUUUUGAUUUAUUUUGUUCAUUAUUGAAACCGAAGAACACGUCACUGUUAAAUAAACACAUGUCAAAACUAUUGAUUCUAUAACUGUUGAUUAUUGUAAAUGAACAUCUUAAAAAAGUCCUGCUGUUAAAAACCAGCUGGACUCAAAUGCUGGGUCUGGAUUAGCGACUUUAACGAGCAGUCGCAACCGACCCUGCACAGACGAUAAGAAUCAAAUCAUUGUGUUUUUGUUGUGUUUUCUGUUCACCCAUCAUGUCUCUAUUUAUAAUCAUCUGAGUUCUAUUUGUACAAAUGCUGUGUACCUCUGGAUCAAAAUUCAGUUUUGUUUCCUUUUUGAUUUGUGUAUUUUGUGCUGAUGCUGCGUCUGGUGUGGGUCCAGAAUGAUCACAACUCUUCACGUUCGUGGCUUUACUCUCACCAAGAUGAUUAAACCAAGGGCAUAUCAUCCCGACCCGUGCUUCAGUGGGCUGAGGAAUCUCAGGUUCUUACUUAGACUUAAUAAUAAAGACACUGACCUGUGAAGAGCUCAUCACACGUGUUUGAUCUUUUAUAAGAACGUGAGACAUUAAAGUUUAAUGAGCAGAA